AGGAAACCCUAAAGUGCUCAGGCUCAACCAGCUUCACCCUUGUCUUUUCCUGUCUUUUCCCUCACACCCGUCGGACGUGUGCACGCUCAGGACGAGAAUGGCAGCAUCCUCCGCACUGAGAACAAACGGGCCCUGCAGAGUGUCGGCUUUUGCUUUGCUUCUUAUUGCCUCGCUCUUAAAUGCAGGAGUCACGGCACAGGACGAGGAAGUUGUCACAGCGACGGUGCCACCUGUGGAAGCAGAGGCACACGUACGAGGAGACAUGAUUCCACAGACAACCGAAGCUCCAAAGUCAGAGGAUCCACAAGUAGUCGUUUUCCCUAGUGUGGGCUCUCUAGAACCGACUGAACAGACAACGGCAGCAGCAACAGCUACAGAAGAGGCAGCAGAGGCAGGAGACAACAAGGAGACCGCAGCUCCAGAGGAGGCGGCUGAGAGAACAGACUUCACAGUUGAGGUACAUACUGAUGUACCAGUAAUCGUGCAACCAGAGACCCCAGCACCUAUUCCUGGCAGAGGCGACGGCCCCAACAACAUACCACAGCCGGUGCCAGAGGGUGAUGUUGUCUGUGUCAGCAAAGAGGCAGUCCAGGACAAAAACGCUGUCAAUCUAAAACUCAAGACCUCUUCCAACUGCGAAGACACCAGAGUGAGGAUUGAAAGUGUUCUGCGGGAGCUGUGUGGUGAAGACUGUAAACUUAAGAUCUUCCAGGAGGACAACUCGGAUGAAAUUCUUGUCUCUGGAAAGUAUGUUGAAGCUGAUGUUGCUGGCAUGGUUAACAAGUUCAACAACGACAACAUCAAAGAUAAGACUGAUGUGGAGGGAGCUGUUCCUCGUUGGGGGAAGAACUCGAAGUUGGUUCUGGUUUCCCUGCUGCUGACUGGCCUGUUGCUGGCUGCACUGCUGGUAGCUGGUUAUUACCUCAAGACCCACCGCAAAAACUCCAAAGGAGUCAGACUGGCCGAGUCUUUCCAGGUGGAUGAGGAGAACCAGGCCAAUACCCUGGUGUCCGUCGCUCCCCUGCCCCAGGAGCCCCUCGAAAAGCCGACCGUCAACGGCGACUCUCCACCAGAAAAUGGGACCAACCCUGCCCCGACUACUAACGGACACUCUGCCACCCAGACCCCGGUGGCUGACACCGAGAUGUGAAUCAUGACACCCCAGGCCUACCCAUCACCCACUGUGACACACUACCCACAAGUCCCUCUGCUGCCUCAGAGACUGUCUACACACUGAGACAAAGCCAACAUGAAUCAUCAAAUGCAUUCACCUCCCCUCUACUGCUCCUCAAUCAAGAUGACAACAACGCUGAAGCUCAUGACAAUAAAGCCUGUAAUGUGAAAAGUUUAGGACCACUGGCCUUUGCUGGUGCCAAGAGGAGCCUACAGCACAAACGCUGUGUUUGGGACUGAGACUGCUCAGCAGGGCACCGCCUGGGAUUUCUCAGCUGCCCCGACUUCAGUCCAGUUGUAACAAUCGAUGUAGAAUCACCUAAUGAUGCCAAAUAUGUGCUGUUGAGCCCAGACGAAGAAGCAGAAAAUGCUCCUAUCAUUUCAAUCCACACUUGUGGUGUAAUGAAGCCAAUGAAGCCAGGCAGUUGAAAGGAGACCAGUUUUUGUGCUGUUGUAAAAAGGACUGACGCUCACUGCUUGUUUUUAUUUUUAUUUUUUAUGUGAUUCAGGAAAUGUUUGUUUUUGUAGCCUCCAUUCGCCUUAACCUUGUUGAGACCUGUUAUGUGUGAGAUUGGCAAAAAAAGAAGUGAAUGAAAGGGAUCCAUCAAAUUUGAAUUAACUGAAAGUUGGCUACAUUUUCUCAGAUUGUCAGAAUGUAACAAAAACAGCUUGUUAUUGUUGUGAACAUUCUUCAAAGAAACCAGAGAGCAGUUGACAUAGAACUAGCGAUGUACAAAAUUGUUAAAAGGCAGCUAGUAACAUGCAUGUUCUUUGGUUUUUCUAAGCAAUUAAUUAAUGCUACCAAGCUAUUCAUAACAUGGAAAUGUCUGCUGAAGAAUCAGUAUUUGCCUCAAUGCUUUUAGACUGAAACCUUGAUAACUACUGACCUCUGGUCAAAGUUUAACUGGGAAACCAGGUUGCAAAGUACACUUCUGUUUUUGUGGUCGUGAGGUGAUUUUCAUGAUGAUACUAGUGUACAGUUGUUGUUUCUCUUUUUCUAAAAACAAUGCUAAUUUUUUCCUACUGUCUUCGGGAAUGGUGAAGCGCAGCAGCAUUUUUAAAUUCAGCGAAAAACGAAAAACACAGAAAACUCAAAAUAGAUUGGGGGUUUUUAAGUUGCAGAGCUUGCUAACACAUCACUGCCAUGAAAUCCCAACACAACAUAAAGCAGGUUCGGCAUUCCCAAGAUCACCUUUUUCUCCUUGUUGAUAUAAAAUUUUUACAUCAGUGGUACACAGUUUUUAGCUUCUCUUUAAAAUGUGCUGCAUGUGUAAAUACGCCUGCUUUCUCUGUUAGUAGUACCUGUGCCUGACUCAUAA